UGGAAAUUCCAUGUUUACUUCCUCUCCUCCACCGUCAUUUUCGAACGACAAUCUCACGAUAGAGCAGAAAUGGCUGGCGAGGUAGGCUGUAGUGUUUUGGCAAGCUUUUCAUGUCUAUCGUCGGUAGUUGUCAAAGCACGGCAGUCUAGUCGUAGACUAUUACCACUCUGCAGGUGAGCAGGGUUAUUUGUUAGUCUUUUUAAAAUUAUAUUUCAGUGACUAGUCAGACUAAAACGAGCGAAGACCGAAAACGACAGUUGUUAUUGUCUGAGGUGGUGACAUUGUUGUCGUAUUGGAUGGCGACGUAGCCUGUUUGAAAAUGUAUCUACAAGGCAACUGUUAUAUGUAUUCUUUAAUAAUAACCAAGCAUAAGGACAAGGUGAGGCCUAUUUGGCUGAAGAUUUGAAACAGUGGUCCCUCAAGGAUUGUUGUGGACAGGCAUGAAGACUCUAGAGGAGCCCCCAUACCUGACUGUUGGCACUGAUGUGAGCGCCAAGUACCGUGGAGCUUUCUGUGAAGCCAAGAUCAAGACUGCCAAGAGACUGGUCAAGGCCAAGGUGACUUUCAAACCAGACUCCUCCACUGCAGAGGUGCAUGAUGAGCACAUCAGAGGAACUCUGAAGGUGGGUGCUGUGGUUGAAGUGAGAAAACAAGAUGGAAUCUACCAGGAAGCCACCAUCAACAAGCUUACAGAUGCUAGUCUGUAUACUGUUGUGUUUGAUGAUGGUGAUGAGAAGACCCUGAGGCGAUCUUCACUCUGCCUUAAAGGAGCACGUCACUUCGCUGAGAGCGAGACACUUGACAGGCUUCCUCUGACUAAUCCUGAACACUUUGGAACACCUGUCAUUGGCAAAAAAGGCAACCGUGGGGGGCGACGCUCAAAUCCAAUUCAAGAGGAAGAGUCCUCUUCAUCAUCCAGUGAGGAAGAAGAAGGUGACCAGCAACAGAAUGAGGAGCUCUAUGGCAAGGUGGUUUAUGUGGAAGGCCUUGCAACAGCAGACAAAAAGAAGACAAUGUGGUACCCUGCCCUGGUUAUCUCUCCUGAUUGCCAUGAGGAUGUAACGAUGAAAAAAGACAGCGUGUUUGUCCGCUCUUUCAAGGAUGGGAAGUUUCACACAGUUCUGCGGAAAGACAUUCGUGAACUUCACGGUGAGAUGGCUCCAAAAGCAGAUGCCAGCCUCAAGCCAGCACUGGAUGCAGCAUGGGAUUUCCAACGGAAUGGAACUGUGCCUAGCACAUGGAGGACAGAGGUGAAGGAUGAAAGUUCCAGCAGUGAGGAGGAGGAGGAGGAGGAGGAGGAAGAAGAAGAGGUACAGGAGGAUGAUGGCAGCAGUGAAGAAGAAGAGGAGGUGGAGCCAUUCCCAGAGGAAAGGGAGAACUUUCUCCAACAAUUAUACAAAUUCAUGGAGGACAGAGGCACUCCCAUCAACAAAAGACCAGUACUGGGAUACAGAAAUCUUAACCUCUUUAAGCUCUACAGGCUGGUGCACAAACUUGGAGGGUUUGAUAGUAUUGAGAGUGGAUCUAUUUGGAAACAAGUUUAUCAAGAUCUGGGAAUCCCUGUGCUAAACUCUGCUGCGGGUUACAAUGUCAAAUGCGCCUACAGGAAGUAUCUGUAUGGCUUUGAGGACUACUGUACUUCAACUGGGAUCACAUUUCGCAUGGACCUACCAUUUAAAGCAGCUGAGAAACAAACUUCUCAGACAGAGAGCAGCACUGAUGGAGGAGCAGGCGCCAGCAACACAGUUGCUGUCUCAGCCUCAGCCAGUGUAGGUGAUGAGCUGAAAUCUGAGCAAGAAGCAGAGAUCUCCAGCACCCCAUGUCUAGUGAAGGAGGAGAAGUCAGAAAUAGCAGGGCUUUGCAGGACCAAAGUGGAUACAACCAACCUAAACGAGGAAGACAAAGGCUAUAGUGAUGAAGAAGAGAAUGGUACAGAUGAAGAGCUUUGCAAAGAUGCUGGUCAAACAGUGGAAGGCUCAUGCAUGGAGAAUAUGAAGGAUGACCCAUGUGAGGAACAGAGCAAGAACCUGUCAGGGGAUGACAGCAGUCAGGAGUGGGAGGAAGGGGAGGAGUUUGAGUGUUACCCCCCUGGGAUGAAGGUGCAGGUGAGGUAUGGGCGAGGCCGCAAUCAGAAGAUGUACGAAGCCACUGUGAAAGAGUCAGACCUGGAGGGGGGAGAGGUGCUCUACCUGGUGCACUACUGUGGCUGGAAUGUCAGAUAUGAUGAGUGGAUCAAAGCUGACAAGAUUGUGCGACCAGCUAAUAAGAAUGUUCCCAAAAUAAAGCAUCGAAAAAAAAUAAAGAACAAAGGGGAACGGGAAAGAGAUCGAAUAGAGAGACUAAAUGACAGAGAGGACCUUCCUCUCACAAAAAAUCGCAUGUACAGAUCCUCCAAACCAAGUUCUGAUGUUUUUUCCAAGAUGGAAGAAUGUGGUGAUAAAAGUAACCAGCAGACUCAAGGCAAACCAGUUGAGAUUGCAUCCAAUCUGAAUGGUCUCCAAGUGUCUGAGAGCUCCACAGAUGACAGUGAGCGGGAGGAUGAUGAUGAAGGAGACCAUGAUGAAGAGGUUCUGGCAGAUCGGCCUAGCCUUCGAAGAGAAUGUCCUCAAACACCUCCACAUUGGGAGAGCAAGGGAUCCAAUGAGGGUCUCAAGGCUUCACCGAGUAUAGGCACAGAGGAUCCACCCAACCAAGACAGUCCAGAAAUGGGCAAACGAAAGGGGCAGUUUGAGACUGAGGGGGAGGCCCCCAGUACCCGGAGGAGAAAAGUUGAAGGACUACCUGAGCGCACACCUAAAACCCAAUGCAAAGGAAAAACCAGGAGUAGCAGGGGUGGGGACUGGUUACCCAGCAGUUCCCCUAAGAAGCUAGAAGAGAGAAGCACAGGUCCUGAAGAUGAAGGAGGAACCCAGUCCAGCAGCAGCUCUGAAGAUGAGGGCAGUCCUCCCACAGAACCUCAGGCCAAAGAAGAGCCACGAGUACACCCUAAAACCAAGGGCUCACCCUCUAAGAAGUAUAAUGGGCUGAAAGAUAAGACCAAGGGUGGCAGGUCUUCAGGAUUCUGGGAGAUCCCUGACAAGCGCGCCAAAAUGGCUCCUGGGAUAGAUGAACGGGUUCCUGGCUGCCGUACCAAAGGCCAAAAGGAUGUGUGGUCCAGCAUCCAGGCUCAGUGGCCUAAGAAAACACUGAAAGAGUUGUUUUCAGAUUCAGACACUGAGGCUGCCAACUCUCCUCCGUCAGCAGUACCUGCCAUGGAUGAGCCACGCACUGAGCCCACUCAGAAGUGUGAACCAGCGGAGCAUCCCCAAGAGAGCCAGGAAAAGGGCCAGGAGUAUCCCAGCAGUGGGAGCAACUCCGUCCUUAACACGCCACCCACCACACCUGAGUCUGGUGAGGCCUUGGGUGAGAUGCGCUCAUCCUCACCGCCACCUCAAAGUUCUGCCUUGGCCUCUUGCUCUCCAGCAGUGUCCUCACCAGUGAGACCUCUAAUAGAAGAGAGUGUUGGUGGCCGCAGCGAGUCAGACGGCAGUAUGGUGGAAGUGGACAGUGUAGGCUGUGAUCUUCAAGAGCUGCCUCAGGAAGAGGGGGCAGGAUCCCCCUCCAAAGCCUUUGAUUGCAAUCUGUCCAGCAACAGCAACUGUAGCCUGACGCUCAGCAGCAGUAGUCAGCAAGAGACUGAACAGAAAGUUAAAGCCUCAUCAUCUACUCAAAAGCGGCAAAAAGAGUCCCAAGGAGGUGGAACAUCAAAGAAACACAAGCGAAGUCACAAGACCAUGAGCUUACAUCCCAAAAAGAACCAUAAAUCAGCCAACAGCAGUGACAGUGAGGACCAGUCUAUUUGUGAGAGCACUGCCAAAUCACCAACAUCAAAGAGCAACACAUCUGACAUGAAGGCCAUCAUCCCACCCAAGUGCUCUAACCGGGCACCCCCAUCCCAAAAAUACCACAAACAUGGGGACGCCGAGCACUCACAGCCCAAAGACCAGCACGGGAAUAGCCGAGGUGCUCGUAUCUACAAGUGGAGUUUUCAAAUGUCGGAUUUGGAAAAGAUGAGUAGUCUGGAAAGGAUAGCAUUCCUUCAGGAGAAACUGCAGGAUAUCAGGAAUCACUAUCUCUCGCUGAAAUCUGAAGUGGCCUCAAUUGACAGAAGACGAAAGCGUAUGAAAAAAAAGGAGCGGGAAACAGGUGCAGUGGUGGCUUCAUCCUCCUCCUCAUCCUCACCAUCGUCCAGCUCACUGACUGCAGCAGUCAUGCUUACGCUUGCUGACACAACAGUCUCUGGUUCAUCACAGAACUCUGGAGUCUCAGUGGAGUGUAGGUGACAAGAAGAUACAGGCCCCUCCUGCAGCACAGAGCACUUAACCAGCACCCAGCCGAGCCUCUGUCCUACCCCUCAUACUGUAGGAUCCAAACUCUGAUGGACAGAGUCGCCUCACACAAAGAACCGGGGCACAAAAAUAAACAUAAUAUUUUUUUUUUUUUUUUUUUUAAUGGAAGAAAAAACAAUUUUAAAAACAGAAUACAAAAGAGCCAGGCAACAAGAAGCACUAUUUUCUAUUGACAACUGUUUCCUCUGCAAGCUAAUUGCACUCAAGUGUACUUUUUUCUGAAAAGAUGUAAGGUGUGGAAGAAUGCAUAAAACAAUCUUUUUACAGAAUACCCUUUUUUAAGUUUGAGCAAUAAUUGUGUACAUGUAGAUAUAGAUUAUAUCCUUUCUGUGAAGUGGAAAGUAUUCUAUUACUGCAGUGAUUGAUUGGAGUAACAAUGGCUCAGUUCCAUGCUGUUAUUCCAGGUGUGUGUCUGUCUCCUAACAAGGAGCAAAAUGUCCCUCAGCCCUCUAGAAAUCAGUUUAAUUCAGUGGCCAUAGUCUAUGUCUAAAUGUGUCAGUAACUGGUUCUCAUUAAUUACAUUUUAUGCUGUGCUUUUUAGGAGUGGCAACAGAGUUAUUAACAGAAAGUUCACUGAUGGCCAUUUUGUGGAAUGCUAUUGAUGUAGUGCCUUGAAGGUCUCUUUUAGGCACUUGGUUGGAAUGAUGGAAAGAGACUCAAACUGAAAGCUAAGAUACAACUGGAGAGUUGUAUGCAUGUAUGUUUCACAAUGUGUCCAUAAGUGUUAAUGAUUGACAUGUCAAAGUUAAGAGCAGUGAAAGUUUUUUUUGCAGUAAGCCUGGUUAGUUUAUUAAGCAUGGGUUUGCAGGAAUAAUGUUCUUUGAAUGUUAAUCAAUGACAUUAUUUAACGCUUUUUUUAAAGCCUUAUGAAUGAUAUAUUUAUUGGCUGUUCACCUUAAGCGUUACCCACUUGAGUCUAUACUCAUGCAAAAUUCUCUGAAAUGUACUUGUCUUGUUUAUUAAAGACAGAAGAGGAGUGCAAGAAUGAAAGUCAUUAUGCCAAGGGCUGUUUACUACUAAUGAUGUUUAUAUGAAAAAUAUAAAUGGAGAGGUAGAAUUCAGUAUUUCUAAAGUGAAUCUUAUUAUGAUUGUAGAUUGAUACAUGUAGAGAAUUAAUUACUUUUUCUGGCAGCCAGGACUCUAAAUGUAUUUUACUACUGAAAUAUAUAAGACAAAAACCCUAGUAAGUGGGGUUUCAAAAGUUAAUAUGGCAGUAUUCGGCAGUGCAAUGACAAAAUGGUAGAUUUGUUGGAAAUCACCUGCAGUGACAGAAUCUGCUUUAUUCCAUAUGUAGCGUGCUGUAUACUGAUGUCUUCCCUUUUCUUUUACCACAUCUGCUUUUCACCCUUAAUUUAAAGAAGCUCUUUGCUCAUUUCUUGAUGAAAAAUGUCACUAAAAUGGUGUGGUCCGUGGCUUACAUUUGCAGUCAUAUUCAGUUUAUAUACUGAAAAAAUAAGGACAUUUGCCAACAACUGUUUUAAGACUGAUUGAAAGUAAAUUAUCAUCUAGUUCAUGUUAGUAUCACUGUUUAUUUGUUUUUUUUUGCUGGCUGGAAUAUUAACACUCACAUGUACUACAAGUGGACAGGGAUUUGUUUCUGCUCUGUAGAAAAACUCAUAAUCCAGUCCCUUCUUUUCACAGAUUAAAUCAAAUGUGGUGCUUUGUAAAAUGUUUCAUGACUUUCACUUUAUCUUGAAAUAUUUUCCUUGAACGAGUUUUCACCUCCAAAAAAAAUCAUUGGUUAGGUUUGGCAUUCCCUGACUAGGGAAUGGAAUAGGAUGACAUAAAUGUGUGUUCAUAAUAAUAAUAAAAAGAAAACUGCAUAUGUGUACAAUACUGACAACACCUCCAGUGUUUUCUUUGUAGUUUCCCAAUUGUACCUUAACCUGAAGGUCUGUACCAGUUGGCACUUGUAUGUAACUAUAUGCCUUUGUUAUACAUUUGUAUAUUAAGAGGUGUGUUUUGAGUCAAGCUAUUUAAUAUCUUGCACUGUUGAUAUGUACUUUUCUGUACAGACAGUUUACUGUUUUAACUGUAGUGUCUAUGUACAUUUUUGAAGGUAAAGCAUGUCCUUUUCGUUUUGCUUUUAUGUGGCACACUUAAGUUUUCAUACUUACAUGCUCUUUCAUUCCUGUUUAGUCUUUAUUUUAUUUUGUUUAAACUGUGCUUGUAUUAGACUUUUUUUUAAUGUGAUUUAAAAGUAUUUUCCAAUCUGUACAUGGACUAUAAAGUUUUAUGGAUCCUUAAAGAAAAGAUCUGAGACCAUGUUUGAGAGUGAGAAUGUGGCAAAGCUCUUAUCAUAUUUAUUAGGUUCAUCAGAGGAUGGAAAUUGUGUAAUUUAUUGUACAAAUGUAAGCAUAAAAUCCUCCGUUUUAAAUAAAUGCCAUAGUUUGUGAGUUCUAA